GCAAAUGGGCGGGGAAGUUGCUGUCACCGGCUCCCUCUGCCUCAGCAGUCAGUACAACCGCGACCGUCGACGAGCUAGGAGCUUUUUUAACGGUGUUUAACAUUCUAUAUCCUUCAAAGGACAAGCCUUAUCGUGUUUUCUUACUAUCACCGAUACUACAAAAAUUCAAGAGAGCCAUGGCCAGUCACAGGGCUACCAAGUCUGGAUUCGCUGCAGAGGCACAGCGCAAGAUUAACAGCAAGUACAGUGAGGAAUUGGCGCAGGAAUGUUUGGAAUGGAUCAAAACGAUCACCGAGGAGGAUAUCAACACCAAUGGCGAUAUGGACAAUUUCUACGAAACUCUUAAGAACGGAACCCUUCUCUGCAGGCUCGUGAACAACAUUAAGGAAGGUUCCGUUAAGAAGAUCAACACAUCGACGUUAGCCUUCAAGUGCAUGGAAAACAUAAACGCAUUCCUCGAGGCCGCCAAGACGCUUGGCGUCCCUGCUCAGGAGACUUUCCAGACCGUCGACCUCUGGGAGAGACAAAAUCUCAAUUCCGUCGUCAUUUGUCUACAGUCUCUUGGCCGAAAGGCUGGAAACUACGGCAAACCUAGUAUCGGACCGAAAGAGGCGAACAAGAAUGUUCGUAAUUUCUCUGAGGAACAAUUGAGAGCGGGUCAGGGUGUCAUUAGUUUACAAUAUGGUAGCAACAAGGGUGCCAAUCAGAGUGGCAUUAACUUUGGCAACACUCGACACAUGUAAAGGGUCCAUUCCUCAUUGUCCCUCUUUAAUUAAAUCAAACUCCUUCAUCGUACUUUAUCUUCAUAAUUAUUAUGUAAUUAUACAAUACAUACUCUAUCGCAUAAUUGUCUUGGGAAGCUUCCGAGUGCUGCAUUCUGCUUCAAAUUUACGAGGCUGAUAAUAACGGAAGAUUUGGACAGAGUAUUGUGAGGAUUGUUUAUGCGGGACGUUAAUAUGAUGCAUUGUGUAUGGUCGUGUACAAUUAAUUGAUGCGAUAGAUUAAUUAAUCGGCGCGCAAUUGUGAUAUGGCCUAUAUUAAAAAUUAGCGUACUUUGUGAGAGAACGAAUUUUUAUGAAAGUAUUAAUAUACGGUAAUAUAUUUUUCAUGAUGUCCGGGGAAAAAGGAUAAAUAUGGCCAUAGUCUUCCGAUGACAAACAACUUAUUCGAUAGGGAUAAACAUUCUUCACGGAAUUAUAUGCAGAGUAUAUAUAUACAUAUAUAUGUACGGUAUCUAAAAAGUUUUAUUACAUAGGUCACGCAAUCACCGACUCACUCACUCGCUGGAUGAAUAUACAGAGCAGGAAAGUAAAGUUACACGUGUAAAAAAAAAGGAGAAAUAUAAACGUCUCGUCCUUAUAACAAACCCUUGGGAUUACUGUAAUUGGACGUAAGGCGUCGCAUAUUUUUUUUUGUAAAUGUCAGAACCAGAGAUUUUGCGCGAUGAUUGCACAACAAAAUAUUAGGGAGCAUUGUUUCGUAUUAUUGCGGAUGGAUUAUAGUAAUAUAGCUAGACAUUCUACUGCUGUUACUAUAUAGUUCUUUGCGCAUUACGAUUUGACCAAAAUGUUCAACGAGUUCAUCAUGUUGUACGUGAGAUAAUUAUUAUAUGGUAAUAAUAAACGAUAUAUAGAAACGAUUA